CCCACCUGACUUCUUGACUCUCUCAGGUAAGCGCGGUAGGCAUAAUCACAAGAUGAUGGCGAAGAACACCUGCGCCGGCGGUCAGUAGCGUUGGAAAUGAAAUGAAAGUCAAAAAGUGAAGGUGUCACUUUAAAUAUUGAUGUUUUUCCAUCCUACGCAUACGUCUAAUCGAAAUGUUUGUUUGUAUUGACCGUUGAUGAUCAUACGCCAUCAAAAUGGGUACUGAAAAGAUGCUAUUUCGUCUCGAACAGCCUCACGGCCCUGGCGAUAUCUAUAUUGCUUGGCAAAACGGCGCCGGUAACUUUUUGGCCACCACCGGCGUCGAUUCGGUGGUAAACAUUUUUGACCGCUACGGGAAUACUCUGGAAACAAUCAGGCUACCAAGCUUGUGUGCCGGUUUUGCGUGGGAUUCUGAUGGCGAUGUACUGGGAGUAAUAAGCCAAUCUCCGCAAUUAGUAUUGUGGGAUGCUAAUACUAAGAAGAAACAAAAUGUAGACAUUGGAUUAAGAGACAUUCUCACAUGCAUUCUGUGGGCAAAAGCAAUUCCUGUAUUGGCUGUUGGAACUGUAAAGGGCAAUGUAUCCAUUUACAAUCACGCUACCUCAAAGCGAAUACCGAUAAUAGCAAAACAUACAAAAAAGAUAACAUGCGGUGGAUGGAACAAAGAUAAUCUUCUAGCUCUGGGAUCAGAGGAUAAAACUAUAUCUAUUAGUAACAUAGAAGGCGACACUUUGCGCGUGAUUGCUCUUAGAGCCGAACCAUCAGAUGUGCAAUUCUCCGAAAUGAAAUUAGAUGAACGUGCAGGCGGUGAAAAUACAGUUAGCAUGGUGGUUGGAAAACGCACUUUAUAUUUAUACCAUCUAAUGGAUCCUGAAAACCCCAUUGAACUAGCAUUUCAGCAACACUACGGCUCAAUUGUUUCAUACAAAUGGUUUGGUGAUGGAUACAUUCUGAUAGGGUUUUCUGGUGGUUACUUUAUUGCCAUUUCUACGCACAUCAAAGAAGUUGGACAGGAACUUUUUCAAGUCCGCAAUCACAAAAUCAAUUUAUCUGAUAUUGCGCUGUGUACAGCCGCAGGAAAGGUUGCAUCUGCUGGCGAUAACACUGUAAAAAUACAUGAUACGUCUAAUUUACAAGAGACUUUGAGUGUGUUGACACUUAGUCAAGAAAUCGGUAUUGAUAGGGUUGCAUGGAGUACCGAUGGGCAACUUUUGGGUGUAUGCACCCGAAAUGGAUCAGUUGUAGUGUAUGUAGCGGAUAUGCCCACAUUAAUGGCCGUGUGUGGACCACGCAUUGCCAUUCAAUCGAAUUUAGUAGAAAUUAGUUUGUACAAAUACGCAGGAGAUAAAGGUAAACCCAUAUCACUUGCUCUCGAAAUUGAACCUCAAGUGAUUGCAGUUGGUCCUUUCCACUUUGCAUCCGGUAUGAAUAAUAGAAUCUGGUACUAUGACUUACAUCAACUUGAUCAAAACACCUACGAUCCAGCUACACCAUUAAUAAGUACACGACAAUAUUUGGGACAUGUGGAAAGCAUAAAAUUAAACGCCGAAUACGUGUCAGUCAUGUACGAAGGAAAGAUUCAAUUGCACAUGAUUGAAAGCGGUGAGGUUGAAAACGAAGAUAGAGAAAGUAUAAUAUUUCCCGAUAACAAUGUCCAGAAUGUAACCAUAACAUCACAUUUGCUGACGAAUGAAUUCUUAAUCUACACCACUGAUAGUGGACAGAUUAUUUACUUUUGUCUCGAGGAAUGGGCAGUCGCCAAUCACUACCGGCAUCAAGUUGGCAUACAGAAUAUCUAUGCGGAUCCAGCGGGCAGUCGUUUAGUAUUCUUCGAUGUCAAGACACAGGGUUUUCUUUAUAAUGCUGUCAAUAAUGAAACACUGGAGAUUCCCGACUUGCCCAAUAAAAUAUGUGGUGUGACUUGGGAUAGCAAUUUCAACGACCGUAACACAUUUGUCGUUUACGAUGAAAAUCAAAUUUGUACGUACCUCUAUGUGACAUUCUCUGUCUAUGGUUCAUCGAUUCAGAAGAUUGGUGUGACUACAUUGGCGACGAAGCAAACGCCUCUGAUCAUGUUUGCGGGCGAAGUAUUAUCAGCAACGGCGGGUGGACAAUUAACACAGAUUAAUCUUGUCACACACGAUGUUGCUCAGGUGCCAGGCAACGACAAAGAUCGAAGUCUUUUAGAGAAUAAUUUCAAUAAACAACUAGACUUGCAUCGGUUUCGAAAUGCAUGGGCCACAGCUAUAUCCCUGGGUUCUAAAGAGUUAUGGAAGAAAUUAGCACGCAAGGCUAUAGUCAAUUUAGAAAUUGAUCUGGCAAUGAGAGUUUACAAACAGCUGGAAGAUGUUGCAAUGGUACAAUCACUGGAAGAACUUACAGAUGUAGAAGAUCAAAAAUUAAUUGCAGGAUAUGUUGCCAUGUAUUUGGGCGAUUAUGAUCAGGCCCAGAGUUGUUUCCUGAAGAGUAGCAAUCCAGUUGAAGCACUAGAAAUGAGACGUGAUCUUUUACAAUGGGAUCAAGCUUUACAACUGGCAAAGAAGAUGGCUCCUGAACAAAUUGCGCACAUUUCAAAAGAAUAUGCACAACAACUUGAAUUCACUGGAAAUUAUUCAGAGGCAUAUUUACAUUAUGAAAAAGGAUUACAAACUGAAUCUUUAAAUCCGGAACAUAUAAUCACAUGUAAAUCCGGUAUAGCACGAACAUCAAUCCGUACAGGCAAUUUUAAACAUGGUAUUGCAAUUGCAAAAGAAGUGAAUACCAAACAAUUAUACCGCGAAUGUGCAGAUAUACUUGAAUCAAAGAAACAACUUGCAGAUGCAGCUGUUUUCUAUGAGAAUGCUGUGCUAUAUGAUCGUGCUGCACUUGGAUACAUAAAACUAAAGAAUUGGUCAAAAGUUGCCCAACUCCUGCCUAAUAUUACAUCCAACAAAAUUCAUAUUCAAUACGCGAAAGCAAAAGAAACCGAAGGAAAGUAUCAAGAAGCUGCUGAAGCGUAUUACAACGCUAAAGAUUUUGACUCCGUCAUUCGUCUGCAGCUGGAUUAUUUAAACAAUCCAGAAGUGGCAAUCGAACUCGUGCAGGAAACAAAAAGCAUUGAAGGAGCCAAAUUGAUCGCACGCUUUCAACGUCUUAAUGAUUUCCCCACUGCAAUUCGUUUCUUAGUAUUAUCUAAAUGUCAUGACGAAGCGUUUGAACUAGCACGUAAACAUUCCAAACUACAACUAUACGGAGAAAUUCUCCUCAACAGCUUGGACCCGGAUGAAAUAAAACCAGAAUACUUCAAUAGUUUGGCGUUGUACUUCGAACAAGAACGGAAUUAUUUAUAUGCGGGAAAGUAUUGGUUUCAUGCAAAAGAAUAUAACAAAGCAAUGAAGCUUUUGUUGCGUGUAGCCAAGUCGAAUUCCGAAGAGAAUGAAGCAUUGAGUACAGCCAUAGAUGUGGUAGCGUCUUCAAAUGACGAAUCUUUGGCUAAUCAACUGAUUGAAUAUCUUCUGGGCGAAGUUGAUGGGGUUCCCAAGGAUCCUAAGUAUUUAUUCCGAUUGUACAUGGCUCGCAAACAGUUUCGAGAAGCAUCAAAAUCAGCAAUAAUCAUUGCAAAUGAAGAGCAGAUAAAUGGAAAUUAUCGUAACGCUCAUGAUGUAUUGUUUGGAAUGUACCAAGAAUUGAAGCAUAAUGGAAUUAAAGUGCCACAGGAAAUGUACUCGAGCCUAAUGCUCUUGCAUAGCUAUAUUUUAGUUCGGUUGCAUGUUAAGCGCAGUGAUCAUUUGAAAGGCGCCCGAAUGUUAAUCAGAGUUGCUAAUAAUAUUUCAAAAUUUCCAUCACAUAUUGUUCCUAUAUUAACAUCCGCUGUAAUCGAAUGUCACCGUGCUGGAUUGAAGCAAGCUGCUCACAGGUACGCAACACUUUUAAUGAAGCCUGAGUAUAGGAAGAAGAUUGACUCAAAAUACGCAAAGAAAAUUGAGGCGGUUGUUAGGAAACCUCCUAGAAUUACAAAGGACGGUGAUUCGAUGGAGGAUCCGCUUGAAGAUUUAACGCCUUGUCCGUUCUGUGGAAAUGAAUUGCAAGAAAGUGAAGUGAACUGUAACGUGUGCAAGAAUCAUAUUCCAUUCUGCAUUGUUACCGUAAGUAUUUACUUGCGCAUCUUAUAAUAAUUCUAAAAAUACAUGAAAUUUUUAUUUAAACUUUAGAGGCAUAUAUUAAGUACGGACCUAACUGCAUGUCCUGAAUGUGAUUUUCCCGCCAUUCUAUCAGAAUUCGUCAAGAUAUUGGAGUCUGAAGAGUCGUGUCCAAUGUGCACCGAGAAAGUUGAUGCUCGACGUUUGCAAAAUAUUCAGAACUUUAAAACUUAUUUAAAUUUUGAAUAAUUUAUACAUGUAUCUGUGUUUAUGCACUCCGUCCAUUGCAGUGAUCUCUUUAAAUAGUUAUUAGUAACUUAAUAUAUUUAUUCUGCAAUUUAUUAAAUAAACAACAAUAUCUAUAA